UGGAAGCCCUCGAGCAGCGGCUGCAGCGGUACAAGCAAGAGGAGGACGAGGCGAAGGAGGCGGGCAACGGCAGCAAGGCGCGCCGGUUCGGCCGUAUCUGCAAGCAGUACACGGACGCCAUCCGGCGGCACCAGGCCGGCAAACCGGUGGCCUUCGACGAGCUGCCGACGCCGCCCGGGUUCGCGCCGAUCCCGACCGAGGGCGCCUCGGCCGCCGCUCCGGCCGCCGCCGCCCAGCCGGACCCGGAGCCGCGUCCCUCCGGCUCCAAGCCGACCGUCACCCGGCAGAUGUCGGUCGGGCAGCACACGCGGCAGCAGAAGCAGAUGGCGCUGCUGCAGUCGCGACGGCGCCUCUUCAUGCAGGCGGCGCUGCAGGCCAAGAAGGCGGGCGACAUGGCCACGGCCAAGGAGUACCUGCGCUCGGCCAAGGGCUUCGAGCCACUGCUGGAGGCCACCGAGAGCGGUCUGCCCGUCAACAUGGACUCGUUGCCGAUCCCGCCCCAGCAUCGCGCCAAGGCCACCACCGACUUCGAGGUGCUGUCGAGGGAUGAGGUGAUGGAGGCCGGCCAGGAUGAAGACUUGACACAGCUCUUCCAGAAGCUGGAGGCCAGCCUGAUCCGUCAGGCCACGAUGUGCCAGACCAACCGAGACCACUACCAGGCGCUGGGCGAUGUGGCGCAGGCCAACAAGUUCGACCGCUUCUCGCAGAACAGCCUGAAGGACCUGGACGCGCUGCGGCACGCAUUCCGUCGGGGCGACUUCGUGCCCAAGUUCCACUACGAGAUGCGCGAGUUCCAGAUCGUCAAAGCCUGCACUGACCUGAAUAGCAACGACCUGGAGAUGACCAUAGUGCGCGGUAUCAACUACAACGUGCCCAACCCCAAGGACGUGGACACAUACGUCAAGUGGGAGUUCCCCUGGCCCCAGGAGGCGCCGACGUACGACAAGACGGGCAAGGUGAGAAACACCAACAACCCCGACUACGACGCCAAGUUCCUGAUCGCCAUCGACCGCAGCUCGCGCUCCAUGAUGCGCAUCUUCCGCCGCCAGAGUAUCAAGUGUGAGGUCUGGGAGCGCGGUCAUCUAUUCGGCUGGACGGACCAGCUGAUCGGAACCGCCCAGAUCAAGCUGGAGGACCUGCAGGACAAGUGCGUCGUCCACAAGGCCUACAAUCCUUCCACGCCGUCGCUGAGUUUGAGGUCAUGACAGCACGCAGCAGCC